AUGGUGGCCACGUACGAGCAGAUCCAUGAAGCCAUUCGACGGGUUGAGGCAGGCGAGUCAAAAGUAGCAGUCGUGCGCAGCUAUCCUGUGACCAAGACCACAUUGUUUCACUACAUCAAAAUGAUGAAAACGACAGGGACGGUCGAACGACAAAAGCGUGGGCCGAAACAACUCCUCCCCCCGGGCAUCGACGAGGACUUUGUUGAAUGGAUCGCCGCCAUGCAGCGACAACUCAAGUCGCCGCUCGCGAAGAUGUUCUCACCGUACCGGCGAGGCACACCGGCAAGGAAAGAAAGCGUGUGUCAACGGACGACGAGUGGUUCUCGAUGGCAGGCUUGCAUGCCGCUGCCUCCAUUCCUAACAAGCGCAAAAAAGCUUCCAUUGCAAACAGACACUUCCGCACGAGCCGGACCAGCGAUACAAGUCGAAGCUGAGAUGGCCGGGCAGUUGACUCAAGAUUGCAUUGACGAAGACUUCCGCACGAGCCGGACCAGCGAUACAAGUCGAAGCUGA